AUGUCGAAUAGCUGGGGAGGGUCUGAGCGUCCUGACGACUCUCGGGACGAAGGCGUCACACCGCAAGCUCUACCUGUCGAAGAACUAGAAACGAUAUCCAUUUUCGACACACAGAGGGACCGGCAGGUCAGGAUCGGCACCUCCCUUAGUCCGUCUCUUCAGACCAAGUUCAUAGCCCUUCUACCGGCCAAUUCGGAAGUUUUUGCCUGGUCCUACGAUGAUAUGCCUGGCAUCUCCCCGGAUGACAUGCCUGGUCCUACGAUGACAUGCCACGGCCGGCCACGAGCUCCUUAG